UAGAUCGUGAAACCAAAAGCCAAAGCCUCGUUGUCGGGUGGCAAUGGCUGGCGUGAUGAAAUUGAAGAACUUAGACGCUUACCCUAAGAUCAACGACGACUUCUACAGCCGCACACUCUCCGGCGGCUUGAUCACACUAGCUUCUUCCGUCGUCAUGCUCAUCCUCUUCUUCUCCGAGCUUCGACUUUAUCUCCAUCCCAUUACUGAGUCUCAGCUCCGUGUUGACACAUCAAGAGGAGAGAAGCUACGCAUCAAUUUCGAUGUGACUUUCCCUGCUCUUGCUUGCUCGAUUGUUAGCCUUGAUUCUAUGGAUAUUAGCGGAGAGCAGCAUCUAGAUGUGAGGCAUGAUAUAUCUAAAAGAAGGUUAGAUUCUUAUGGUAAUGUUAUUGAGACAAGACAAGAUGGGAUCGGUCACACAAAGAUUGAAAACCCAUUGCAAAAACAUGGUGGCAGGCUAGGGCAUAAUGAAACAUAUUGUGGUUCCUGUUAUGGAGCUGAAGCUUCAGAUGAUGAGUGUUGCAACUCAUGUGAGGAAGUUCGUGAAGCUUAUAGAAAGAAAGGUUGGGCCAUGACAGACCCUGAGAUCAUUGACCAGUGUAAAAGAGAAGGUUAUGUGCAAAGGGUUAAGGAGGAGGAAGGUGAAGGUUGUAAUAUAUUUGGUUUCUUGGAAGUUAAUAAAGUGGCUGGCAGUUUUCAUUUCGUCCCCGGGAAAACCUUCCGUCAAUCAGGCUUUCAUCUACAAGAUCUGUUAGUGCUCCAGGGAGACACUUACAAUAUAAGCCACAAGGUUAACAGGCUGACCUUCGGUGAUCA